GUUUUGUCUGCGUACAGUGCUCACGGUGUCAGAUGAGACGGGGAUGGAGGAACCGAGGAGCACUGUGGAAGACCCGGUGAGAGGUGCCUCUCCUUCCUCAAGCUACCUGGGACUAGAGGCAAAGAUGAAAGUGAAACAGAAGACGCACAAAGCCGCCAAAAGCCUCUGAACUAGGGUGGAGUUGAAAGCGAAAGUGGGAAGCGUCCUGCUCAACCCCACAGAAGCCGAGGCAGACGCCUUUCUGCUUCCCUGGGCUUCACUCUUUUCGUCUAAUCCACCCAUCGACCCCCGGGUCUCAGCUGGCUUCCCUGCCCCAAGAUGCUGAAGCAGGCAGUGGAACCCAGAGGAGGCUUCUCUUUCGAGAACUGCCAGAGGAAUGCGUCCUUGGAACAGGUCCUGUCAGGCCUUCGGGUCCCUCAUGCACGCAAGACCGGGACUACCAUCGCGGGACUUGUGUUCCGAGAUGGAGUUAUCUUGGGCGCCGAUACGCGGGCCACUAACGAUUCGGUCGUGGCGGACAAAAACUGCGAGAAGAUCCACUUCAUCGCCCCCAAAAUCUACUGCUGUGGGGCUGGAGUAGCUGCGGACACUGAGAUGACCACGCGGAUGGCAGCUUCCAAGAUGGAGCUACAUGCGCUGUCCACCGGCCGUGAGCCUCGGGUGGCCACUGUCACCCGUAUCCUGCGCCAGACACUCUUCCGGUACCAAGGCCACGUGGGAGCAUCACUGAUCGUGGGCGGGGUUGACCUAACCGGGCCGCAGCUCUAUGGCGUGCACCCGCACGGUUCCUACAGCCGUUUGCCCUUUACGGCCCUGGGCUCUGGACAGGAUGCAGCCUUGGCACUGCUGGAGGACAGGUUCCAGCCAAACAUGACGAGCUGGCCGUUACCACUUCGCUCCUGGAACCACAGCUGUCCUGACCCAGGAAGUGAAACCCCUGAACCUGGAGCUUCUGGAGGAAACUGUGCAGGCCAUGGAGGUGGAAUAAAGUGGCCUAAGACUUAGAGGUUGGAACAAGGGGGAAUAAACCCAGGAAAUACAAACACUUCAACAGAAGACUGUCAUUCUUGAGAAGAGUGGGACAAGCAGCUUUGUGGCUGAGGUAUCUAAGGACCCGAGGCCUGGUUCCUGGCCUGAGGUACUUACUCUUCAUCAUCACCUCAGGGAUCUGUCCAUUCAGAAUCCCAGCCCAGCUAGCACUACAGGCUUUGAGAUGGAAAGCUACAUCCUGUCAUCCCCAAACCAAAUUCCACACAGCAGAAGCUUACCCCACCAGUACCCCAUCUUGUAAGACCCCAAGGACAGCCCUUACUCAGAGCCUUUCCUUGGCUUAUCAGUGACCCCCAUUGCCACCAGGUCCACUCCAAGGGAGCUAAAAUGCUGAUGGAGCAGCCAUUUCCCGACUCAAAGGGCAAGUUCUCACCAAGCACCCCUAACCCCCUACAGGGCCUCUACCUAUGAUACCCCUCAAAUGACCAGGCGUGUGUGAGCCACUGGUGAAAAGCUGGGCCGUCUGCACCUGUGGGGUUGUGAUUAGGGAGAGUGACUCCAAGUUCUCUGGGCUGAAAGGGGUCGUGGACUCAUGGGAAGAUGACACAUUUAACAAGAAACCUUCGCUAAGCACCCACGGAGUGCCAGGCCCACUGGGUGCUGGUGGGAACAUCCUGAUCUCAGAGUAGCUAUGCUCCCCUGGGGCUUCAGAACGGAUAAAUCUCGUUCUCCAGAGAGGCUCUCGUCCAGGCUGGACAUCCUUGGCCCCUGACUGUGUGUUCCCU